CGGCGCUCGGUUUUUACUGUCUGCCUAUUUGAAUGUAUUCAGUACUGUGUUCUCACAAGCUGUAACCUUAAUGUUUUUUUUUUAAGAAAAUCGUUUUAAAAAUCGUCAAGGGAGACGAUAUUAAUGUAAUUGAUAUACAUAACUGUAACCCCUUUUGAGCGAAUUAUUUUUAUCUAGGAUUUCCAGGUAUCCCGCGACUUUCAGAAAUUACAGAAAAAAAGCGUCAUAUGAGCCCUGUCCUGUGGGAUUCUGUAUGGCCUGUUUUUAGCUGGCCAGACUACCUGAUCCGUAGCCCAGGUCCAGAGGCUGGCGUGGGGCUCCUCGGUUGGCUAUGAAGGUCAUCCAUCAGAAGAACUCGGUGCAGAUCCUGUCGGGGCGAGAGCGAGGUGCCCAAGGCUUUGGCUCUCAGCGCCUGCUGCAGCAACUUGUGGAGGAUAAAACCCGUUGGAUGAAAUGGGAAAGUCAGAAAGUGGAAUUGCCAGACAGCCCUCGCUCAACCUUCCUCUUGGCUUUCAGCCCGGACAGGACGUUAAUGGCUUCCACCCAUGUGAAUCAUAAUAUCUACAUCACUGAGGUGAGGACAGGGAAAUGCAUUCACUCCCUGGUGGGUCACCGUCGCACUCCCUGGUGUGUGACCUUUCACCCCAUCAUAUCGGGGCUUGUGGCAUCCGGGUGUCUGGAUGGAGAAGUCCGCAUUUGGGAUUUACAUGGUGGUAGCGAGAGCUGGUUCACAGAGAGCAAUGUGGCAAUAGCAUCCCUGGCCUUUCAUCCCACAGCACAGCUCCUGCUCAUUGCCACAAAUAACGAGAUUCAUUUUUGGGACUGGAGCCGACGAGAACCUUUUGCGGUGGUGAAAACCGCCAGUGAAAUGGAGCGAGUCAGGUUGGUGAGGUUUGAUCCUUUGGGCCACAAUCUUCUGACAGCGAUUGUGAAUCCUUCAAACCAACAGAAUGAUGAUGACUCGGAGAUCCCUAUGGACAGUGUUGAGAUGCCCCACUUAAGGCAGCGCUCGUUCCUGCAGUCUCAGCCUGUGCGUCGGACCCCUCUUCUUCACAACUUCCUCCACAUGUUGUCAUCGCGGACCUCGGGGACGCAGGCUGGGGAGCAGAGCCAGAGCGAGGACAGCGGCGUACCCCCAAGCCUGCCCUCCGGAGAGGGCAGCCGUUACACUUCCAUCAGGGACCGGCCUGCCUACCAGGGAUGCGUCCAGCACUUGGGAAUGGUCUGCUUCUGCAGCCGCUGCUCCGUGGUCCGUCCGUCCUCUUCGUCCCCACUACAGAGUGAGGACAGCGCUGUCCCGGCUUCCUCCGACCUCUCUGCAGCCUCCUCCUUCUCCUCGGCUCGGACGGAGCCUCGUCUCCCUCCUGAGCGGCCCGCAGGUCAGCACGAACAGCGGGUGAUUGAGCGACCCUCCGCCUUCAUCACUGUGCAUGGCAGCAUGGCCAGCAACUCCCUUCGGAACCUCUCCUCCGGGCCUGGACGCAGGGGACUCUUAGGGCUGGCGUCUAACCAACCCAUGGGUCACCAGCAAUUGAGCAGAGACCCUUCAGGGCGAUUGGCUGGCACCGACUGGACUGGGAGCAUGUUGAACAUCCGGACAGAAUCUGGGGGUGGUGCAGGGGGCAGUGGAAGUGGCAAUGGCAGCGGGGGCGGCAUGCCCCCGCCGAGGACUAGCGCCUCUUCUGUCAGCUUGCUCUCUGUGCUUAGGCAGCAGGAAGGGAGUUCCCAAGCUCCCGUUUACACCUCAGCCACAGAAGGGAGAGGGUUCCCUGGGCCAAGCAACAGUGGCUCGGCAGGGACAGGAGGAGGGGGGACCCAGAGCAGCCAGCCUUCCAUUCGUAAUGUCCUCCAGUGCAACCUGAGCCGCUACUUCAUGGAGUACGACCGCAUGCAGGACAUUGACCAGGGAAUGAGCCAGGGGGAGGCCAGCCAUGCUCAGGAAACACAGGAGCUGCUCAACAAUAACAUUGACCCUGACAGACCAGGGCCCUCCCAUUACCAGCCUCCCCACAGCAGCGAAAACAACUCCAACAUGUCCCAGGGACAUCUAAACAGGUGCCGGGCUUGCCAUAACUUACUGACCUUUAACCACGACACCCAACGGUGGGAGAGGACUGGCCAAGCUGCGUCUUCGGCCAAUGAGGAAAGCACUUCUUGGCAACCUCCAAACCCGCCCUUUGAAGGUUUAGGGCAAGGGGCGAGCCAGCCGCAGACUCCUGAGAGGAGAAGCAGCACUGGGGGCCCAGAUCUGAGUAGUGGAGCUCCCAGCAAUGAGAGCAGCUUCCCCAGGCAAGGCUCUUCCAAUCCACAAGCAGAGCAGACAGUAGGGCUGGUGUACAACCAGGAAAUUGGACAGUGGGAACGAGUUUACGGGCAAUCCGCUUCGAGCCGAACCGGGAAUGUAUCACAAGAGGCCUUAAACCAAGAAAUGCCUGAAGAGAAUUCGGAUGAAGAUUCUCUUAGGAGGAGGCUGUUGGAGUCCUCUCUUAUUUCCCUCUCUCGAUAUGACAUGUCGGGAUCUCGAGAUCACCCCAUUUAUCCCGACCCCGCUAGGUUAUCCCCAGCUGCAUAUUAUGCCCAGAGGAUGAUCCAGUACCUUUCCCGGCGAGACAGCAUCCGCCAACGCUCGCUUCGCUACCAGCAGAACAGACUGCGGCCCUCGCCCGACAACCCACCCGCCAACCCCUCCCAGUCCAUGGAGAACAACGAGGUCGACUUUGAGGAGUUUGAGUACGUCGCUGCUGCCUUGGAUAAUGGAGAGCGAGCCAGACACAGAGCGCCACGGAAUGCCCGGAUGUCUGCCCCCUCACUGGGGCGCUUUGUUCCUCGGCGUUUCUUGUUACCUGAGUAUCUUCCUUAUGCUGGGAUUUUCCAUGAAAGGGGACAGCCUGGCUUGGCAACUCACUCCUCUGUUAACAGGGUCCUAGCAGGCGCUGUGAUUGGAGAUGGGCAGUCGGCAGUGGCCAGUAACAUCGCUAAUACAACUUACAGGCUCCAGUGGUGGGACUUCACCAAAUUUGACCUUCCAGAAAUCAGCAAUGCAUCCAAUAAUGUUUUGGUCCAGAACUGUAAGAUAUACAACGAUGCCAGCUGUGACAUUUCUGCUGAUGGGCAGCUGCUGGCGGUGUUCAUUCCCAGUAGCCAGAGAGGUUUUCCAGACGAAGGCAUCCUAGCGGUUUACUCUCUGGCACCACACAACCUCGGAGAGAUGCUGUACACCAAGAGAUUUGGUCCGAAUGCUAUCUCGGUGAGCCUGUCCCCUAUGGGGCGCUAUGUGAUGGUGGGGUUGGCGUCCCGGAGGAUUCUCCUGCACCCUUCCACGGAGCACAUGGUCGCACAGGUGUUCCGGCUGCAGCACCCCCACAGUGGAGAGACCUCUAUGAGGAGAGUAUUUAACGUCCUUUAUCCGAUGCCAGCGGACCAGAGAAGACACGUCAGUAUAAACUCUGCUCGUUGGUUGCCAGAACCAGGUUUGGGCCUUGCCUAUGGGACGAACAAAGGGGACCUGGUGCUCUGCAGGCCAGUGGCAUCUAACUCUGGUGCAGAGUAUUUCUGGGACCAGCUGAACGAGGCAAACUUCACUGUGAACAGCAGCAGCAGUGGUGGCAGCAGCAGCAACCGCAGCAUAGAGAGGCCAGGGACCAGUAGGGCUAACUGGAGAUCAGAUAGGGAUAUGGGUUUGAUGAAUGCAAUUGGUCUACAGCCUCGGCAUCCCACCCCCUCGGUGACAUCACAAGGCACGCAAACCCCCAUCCUGCAGUUACAGAAUGCUGAGACCCAGACCGACAGAGACCUGCAGGAACCAAGCACCUCUACAACUGCCAAUGCAGUCCCCGGACCACAGGAGGACUCAGCCCCCAGCACCAGUACAGAUAUGACCGCUGAGAACUUGAAUCAGGACAGUGGCACCGCUGAAGCAUCGUCAGAAGCAGGCACCAGUACUGCUAACUCCGGUGAGGGCUCGGAGUACAGCGCCGGGGGGGACGCCCUUUCCCGGAUCCGCCGGCUCAUCGCGGAGGGGGGGAUGACGGCUGUUGUGCAGCGAGAGCAGAGCACAACCAUGGCGUCCAUGGGAGGGUUUGGCAACAACAUCAUUGUGAGCCACAGGAUCCAUCGUGGCUCCCAGACCGGGGCCGACUCUGCAGGGGCCAGGGGAGCCCGAGAGGCCAGAGACCCUUCCCCAUCCGGCCCCUCCACCUCCUCCCCCUCUCCGCACAGCACCAUCACCGUCACAGAUCCUGGCAGGAGCCGCUGCCGCAUCCUUGCCCACACUUUGCAAUUGACUAACGAACCGGACGGCUCCAGGAACGCUCUGCCAGCUCCCGAAGAGAGGCCCCCCUCCCCACAGUUUGCUAACCUCUUCUCAUCCGAAGGAGCAAGCACUUCCAGGAACGAACCCGGCGUCCUCAUGGACACAGACGAUGUGUUUGAGAACAGCUAUCCAGAAAACGAAGGCCUCCACACUACUUCUGCUGCAAACAAUAACAACAGCAGCAGUUACACAGAGGAUCCCUACAGUCGAUAAGGGUUCAGAAACAUGCUGGGGCUUUAUGUGAGAACACAGGGAUAUAGACUGAUGCCAGCUAACUGACUGGCAGAUAUAUGGAACAACCCGAGCAGAGAUACAGUACAAAGGAAUGUGUCUGUUUUUGAAUCUGGUGUUGCAGUCUUUAACUCUUCUUUUCACUGGGAUUCCAACCCUUAAGCAACCAUGCCAACUUUUUAAGCACCUAGGUAUUUACUCGGUUCCUGUUGUAUAUUUUUGCUUACAUUUGCACUAGCUUCUUAUGUAGUAACAAUAACAAAUGAGUACUAUGAUCAUUCCUUACCCGUACUUGAAUGCUAGCUUUGUUUUGAAAAAGGUUGCUACACGCAAGUGCCGUCUAUGUAUGAUGGUUACUAAGGUGCUGUUUAAAUACCUGGAUCGUUAAAUAGGGUUUCAUGUGUACAGUAGUCGGUGCUACUUGAUGAGAAAAGCAUUAUUUUUUUUGAUUUAAUGUAAAAGUUGCCAGCCCAUCAGCUGUCUGUGAUCUGUCAAUUAUGUUUUCCAAUGUGAAAAUCUGCUCUAAUUUGAGCAUGAGCUUAGUUGUAUAACAUGUAAAUCUGUUUGUAAUUAAGAAAAAAAAAAAACUGUUCAUAAGCAGACUGCUUCUUGGCAGUUUUAUUCACCCUGUUGUACUCUAGGAUCAGGCUGUGGAAAGAACCAUGGGAUUUGUAGUCAUCCGAGUACAGCUCCAGAGGAAUGAAAUUCAGAAAGACUACAGCUCCCAGAGUUCCUUUCACUUCCUUGCUCUGUUGUGGAUCCAGGGUUUGAGUAAAAGAACAAACGAGAGAGAAGAAGCCACUUUCCUUAAAAGUAACUUUGUGCUGUUAAUCACCGUGACUGUUCAGUGGAGGAUUGCUGCUCCCACAGUGAUAUGGAAAUACACUUUACAGCAUAGCUGGCUAGUGCUGGGUUGCAUUAGAAAAUACAGAACACUGGUUGUGUAAUAGUUGCCUGGUUUUCUUUCUUGGAGCCUUGAGAAUAGCCCAGUUUUAUUGUAUGAUAUUUUUAUUUUGUUUUUCUUGCCCCAGGCAUGA